UGUGGUGAGGAACACAUGCUUAUUGUUGUGUACCUCAAUAAGAGUUCUUAACACGACUGGCACCCAUCCUCUUUUCCAAAUCGUUUAUUCAGCUACUGUGUCGUAUAAGCCCCUCGGCCAUUAAGAAUAAUGGCACUAUGUCACUCUCACCGGUUGGUUAAUCAACCAGUAGCACGCGGGAAUUUUGUAGAGCAGCGUCUGGUGCUUCUGGAUAUGCUACGUCAUCGGCUUAGUAUCAACGAUAACUCGCCAAAAUGUUACGCGUGUGAAUUACUUCUAGAGGCUUUAGUAAAGUUCAAGCCUGGAUGGAUCGAAGGUUUAUUGAUAUCGAAUUCUCAAGUCUCCCUGUCAAACAUUGAAAUCUCAGUCAGGAAAGAUGACAAGUUCAAACUACAAGGAGUGACAGUUAAUCAACUGAUACGAUCUGUACAAUAUGCGUCGACAAUUUACCAAAAAUUGCUGAUCUCGUUUAAUAUGAUCCUUCCGUUAGAAGAAAAUACAUUCACCAUAUACAAUGUUCCCGAGCCUUCAUCCUCGAUUCCCAUAUCAGACGAAGCUAUUUGGAUUAAUAAGUGUCAAAAUUGGGAUGUCCUAGAAGACUUGACGACUGACGCGACCUUCGAUUGUGCUGCUACGUGGCUAUCUCACUGUAGGGAGUAUGAUGAGCCCUGCAAACCUCCAGAUCCAACGUUCAAACCAAGCCACCUUCUCAAUGUCAAUGUCGGUCGUGAGCCAUUCCUCUUUAAGCCUGCCCUUUAAGCCUAAAGAACCAGCAAAAUACGCUUGCCUUAGUUAUUGCUGGGGAGAAAGCAAAGAUGUCAUUAAGACGACGCCGUCCAAUCUCGAAAGCCAUAAAAAUAUCAUUCCCCUAAGUUCUAUGCCCAAGACUAUUCAGGAUGCCGUGAGGGUCUGCAGGGGCCUUGGCCUGCAUCUAUGGGUUGAUUCUCUGUGCAUUAUCCAAGACGACGGUGACCUUUGGUUGAAAGAUGCAUCCGACAUGGACCGCAUUUACCUCAACUCCCACCUCACAAUUGCAGCUUUGGAGCCAAGCAGUUGUGAAAUGGGGUUCCUGGGGAAACAGAAGUUUGGCCUUCCUGAGUGGCAACAUACCUUACGGGGAGCGAUUGUCCGACCAGAACCAGACGAAGACCUUGUGCACUCGCUAGAUAAAAGAGGCUGGUGUCUACAGGAAACGAUGCUCUCUCAACGGAAGCUCUACUUCAACGGGAACGAAAUGAGCUGGGAAUAUUUAUGUCGCAAGGUUUACGAGUGCGGACACCAUGUCUGGCCCAUGAAUGCUUUGGGGCAUGGGCAGACCAAAUUAGGCGUCGUCCAGCUCGGUACAUUGUUAAAGGAAAGUUUUCUAUCCACGCCAGUGCCAAAGCCGAUCCUUGAUCCCAUUAGGUAUGAAUACAAACGUAUACUAAUCCUAUUAGGAUCCACGUCGCUCCAUGGUAUCGAGGGAGCGCCGACCAGAUUCCAUGAGAUCUAGAGAGAAAUAAUCUACCAUUAUUCACGGCGCUUGCUUUCUCGAAAGAGCGAUAAGUUGGUAGCGCUAACUGGGCUGGCCAAUAUGAUGCCUAAGAACGAGUACCUUUUCGGGCUCUGGGAUACAGACCUACAUUUCGGCUUAGCAUGGGA